UUCCCCUAAAUAAAUCCCGAUUUUGCCCGAUAGCACCCUAGGGUUCGCUACCUCUCGACUCGUCUUCCCCGCUUCUUUAGUUGCGAGGCUGCGUAGCUGUGCAUUGAAGCGAGAUCUGAAUCCGUUUCAACCUUUAUCUGACAUUCCCACUCAGAGUUCUUUCAGAUCGAAGUACAUAAUGGCUUCGCGGAGCACCAACAUAUUAUCGAGGGCGAGCAGAAUGAGGCAAAAGCUACAAUCCACUUUGGAAGCGAGUUCUUUGGAGAUUGAAGAUGUAUCGUAUCAGCAUGCCGGUCAUGCAGCUGUGCGGGGAGAUGCUAAUGAGACUCAUUUCAAUAUUAAGUUGGUUUCUCCAAAAUUUGUCGGGCUGAGUCUGGUGAACCGCCAUCGCAUGGUCUAUGAGGUUUUAGAUGAUGAGCUCAAAACUGGCCUCCAUGCCAUUUCUAUCGUUGCUAGAACUCCACAAGAAUCUGGUUUGUCUAAAUCUUGAACAUUUUGUUUUAGCGGUUUUGGUCAAAUUGUGUGCUCUAUGUAUGUUAUGGAACACAUUUGUUGUGGAACUGCCUUAUAAUUAUGUGGAUAUUAUGAAGUUAGGAAAUUUACAUAUAUUUCACAUCUAUUUGCAUGUCUAACUCAUAAAGGUU